CAUCUCUCCAAGCUCCCCCAGACACGACAUCAUGCGCUGGGCAUUCUGGCGCAGCGCCGACGAGCCAGGGCCAAGCACGCCUCCUGUUGAGGAGGUGAAGGACGUGCCGAAGCUGUCGCGGUUCGAGCGCACGCUGCUCGACGAGGAGAAGGUGCAGGCGCCGCAGUACCCCACGUUCAAAGACGUGCCGACGUGCAUGACAUUGUUCGACGAGUUCUUCAUGUGCGCAGCCCUCAUGCCCCAAGUCCGCGCGGUGUACCGCUUCGGGCACCUCAAAGACUGCACGCCGAAAUGGGACGACUUCAAGUACUGCAUGAGCUUGAAGAGCGAGGACGAGGAGGAGCGGCGGCAGGCGUGGAUCAAGCGGCGCGCCGAGUGGUGGGCGCACCGCCGCGUCGGUCCCAGCUCGGAGGACGUGUGGGAGGUGCGCGAGAAACCACUCGAGAACUUUCCCCCCUUGUAUCCCGAAUACGACCUCGACGACAAUGAUGGUGCUGCGGGCACCGUGUAAGCUUUCUAUGUAACUCGUACAUCACUCAGGACUGGCAGUUUGCAGUAUGCUGAGGGAUCUGUUUGACCGGUCCUACUGCUCCUGCUCCUCGACUCAGGCUAUCCAGACGCGGACUGGUUGUAUUUUCCCCUUACGACCACGGCCAUCCGGACGAGAGAGGCGGCGCUGACUGCGGUAGCGCUGACUAAGAAGCGCAGGCGCACAACCUCGAGGGGCAGAAGCGUCGCAGGUUCGAGGUGGCGUACCACGGGUGUUGGCAGGGGUUACACAGCAAUUUGGAGAGGAAGAGAGGACCACAAUUUACAGGAAGAGGCCAAGGAUACGCCGGAGGUUCGUACUCGUCCCUCUAUCAAUCUCGCCACGACGCGAGCCAGCCACACGCGCACCGUACAUCCUGAGCUGCCAUGUCUAGAUGAUCGCGAACAACUCGCGCGUGCGAUACAACCUAGCGGCCGCAACAAGACACCACGCCACAAGAAGCAUACACGACCCG